AUGAACAGUUGGAUGGCUCCAAGUCAUGCAGGCGACGAACAGCAGUACACUGGCUGGUCGUCGGCCGCUGCCAACAAUAAUCAACCCUCACCAGGUCGUCGAGAUCAGGCGGUGCAGCCGCCUUUAUUGACGACUGCAUUAAGCGGACUUCAAUUCCACCACGGAUCGACUCCUUUAUCUUCAACUUCGCUUUCGAGUCCGUUUAUUCAUACCCAAUCUCCAUGCGUUCCAUCUCCAGCAAACGCUCGGUCCACAUCAUCCUCUAGACAGACGGCGAACUAUGGUGUCCCUUACAAUCCACAAGACUGGGGACCCCUUGGCCCUACCGCUGCACAAGCUCAGUAUCCUCAUCAAAGCAGCCAAAUUAGGGUUGCGCCCCAGCCCAGACCUCAUACAGAGGAAUCAUUGUCACCACCACCCCCGCCAUACUCACCUCCGAGCAAUCCAAAUCGACUAUCACAAGGAGCAUUUGGAUCCCCCAGCCCUAAUGUUUCGGUGACGCCUUCAGUGACGCCACCCCAGAACCCUCCCAGGAACGGAGACUUCAAUGCAAAUCCUGAAUAUCCACGACGUUCAACACAUCGUCCUCGUCCGCUUUCUAUGGUCUACACGACCGACACCGAGUCUCAUCACCAGUUGCCACCUCCGCCUCCACCACAGGGCACCCAGGGCUCCAGAUCAGUCUCGCACAGUCGAAUUGACGGUAAUCAAAGUGUGCCUUACCAUGCCGCUCAAUCUCAUUCCAGGGCUCGAUUUUCCCUUUCGUCUUAUGAGCAAGCUAUGCCAUCGCCAGCUAUCAGAGAUCAACUACCGGGACCUUCUUCUGGCCAAUUGGAAGCACCUUCGAGGCCACCUACAUCGCGAAGAGCUGCCUCUGCGGGUGCAGUGGUCAGCAGUGCAGGUCCCUCAAGAGAACAAAGUCAAACGAGAAAUCGCUCUCCAUCGAACAGUGGAUGGGCACCGGGUAUGCCACUUCCACCGCCACCGCCAGGCCCUCCUCCUACCGUGCGGUCUGUUAGUGUGAGCGGGUCAUCGGAGUCCUCUUCCGCAAGAACACCUCAAGGUCCGGUCAGAAGUAGGGCUCGACCACCACCUUUGAUGGGAACUGGUCUUGGGAGUAUUCCACCGACGCCUGCUGACUGGGUGGAUGAGGAAUACUUGAAAAGUCGGCCAAGUCGCGAUGAGCCAUUGCAUAUUGACACCACAAAAGCAAUUUCAGCACCUGACCGAGCUGAAUAUCUUGAUUCCAACGGCAAGAUACGCGAGAACCAAAGAACACCAGGUAGUGGCGGUCUUUUUCGUAGCCCGGCAGUCCGGGACCCAAGUGCCAAGGGUAUCCGUGAAAGGCGGAUUGAGCGUCGAAAUCGGCAGAGUCAGACAUUCGACGAUAUGAGCGCCGUGUCUUCCAGUGGAAACCCCUGGGCCGAUGCUUUAGAACAGAUCAAACCGUCGAAUUUGAUUCUCCCAGAAGCGCGAAAUUCUCCAGAUCCAACCCAACAGCCUUCAUCGUCGAGAUUUACUCCCAAAAGUGCACGGAGUCUUCCCUCGGAGGCACAAUUCGCUACCUCGCGGUCUCGAGCAAGCUCUGGGGGCCUUUUCACCGACCAAUCAUCUUACUCUUCGCCCAAGCUGGAACAAAGUCCAGCUCCUGGACCUAGUGCGUCAUCUGCUGCAUUCGCGCAUACUCCUCCGUUCUCGCCCAACGGCGAAUCUUCGUCCGCCUAUCCUACAGAGGCACCCCAGCCUAUACCACCAAAGGCACUUCCCACUCCUCCGCUGGGCUCUGGCAAGGAGUUCCAACCACAGCCACGCACUCGAGGCUCUUCUCGCACUCGGGAGGAUCGUCCAAUUUCGCAUAUCUUGCAUAUGCCGAAUGAUGGUACCCCUAUGAUGAAGCCACUAUCACCGCGUCGAGUCCCAUUGCAACAGGCAACGCAGUCAGUUUCCUUAGAAUCUAUCAUUAAGCAAGAUACCGAUUUCAUGCAAGAUGCUAUCCAGCGGCACCGAAAGUUUAUUGAGGAAGAGGCCGCUGCUCCAACUGAGGCGGAAGCCCUGAAGAUUUUCACACAAUAUAUGAUCGCUGAAUCGCAAAUCCGGCGUGGACGGUAUGCCUCAGUCUGGGAUUCUGGGUCGUUUGAUGCCGAAAGUGUGCAUAGUAAGCUGUUUGAACGCCCCGUUCAACCUGCGAAAAACCCGGUCAGACCUGCUCCGAUGCUGGAGAUUCCUUCGAAUCGACCCGGGAGACCGGAUUCUGCAUGGUGGAAUAACUAUCAGCCUUGUCUGUCCCCUAUUGCUAGUCUCAAUAUGAGCAACGACGAGAUGAGCUCGCGAGGUCGCGCUCCCAGUCGCUGGUGGGAAUCCAAGACUGGAUCUAGUAGCGAAGGGGACGGAAGACGUGUGCGGCGCUCCAAGCGUGAGUCCAAGUAUAUGGGAUUGGCUCGGGAUGCCAUGCAGUGGGACCAGGAGCGGACCCCAUCUAAGCUUGAUGAUACGGGUGCAAAUUAUACAGACCAAUACCCAGCUUAUGGACCAGAAGAAUAUCCGCCAGAGAAGGUCGGUUGGCAUGAAGAAGAGAGCGAGUACCCCAGUGCAGGCGCCGAGCGCCGAUAUGAACAGUUCAUUGGCAACCAAAAGCUGGACAUCUCACGGCUGGUUACUUUACCUCCGCCCUAUCCACGUCACUACCCAGCAGUCAACAACGGACAUCCAGACCUUGUGUCUUAUCGGACGACGGUUCGAUCCAUCACUGACAUCUCUGAGAUUAAGUCCACCAGACAGCGUUAUCAGAUGGAUGUUGAGAGGAUGACUCAAGAAAACCAGGAGCAAGUUCAAGCGGGUCGUCGCCAUUUCAAAUCUAAUAUCCAAAGCCAAAUCCAAGAAGGCAGUCUCACCUUUGCGGAAGCUGCUGAGGCCGAAGCGGCCAUGAUAGUUGAAGAACAGAGACGCGAAGGCGAAUUAGCAAAGCGCCAGCUUGAAUCCUAUCAAAAAAUGGUGCUGAAACCAAUGCAUGCCAUAAUCACGGACCGUAUCGACAAAGCCACAUCUUGCAUUGAUGAGCUGAGCAGUAAGCUCUUUGACGAUGCACAGCAUGAGACACCUGAUCAGACGCAAGAAGAAGGCGACGAGAAGCCCGAGCUACUGGAGAAACUUACGCAGCUUAAAUGGCUAUUCGAGGCGCGCGAGCAACUACACCGAGAAGCAUUUGAUCUUGUCAGCGGCCGCGAUGAUAAAUACAAAAUGGUAGCUCUGUUGCCAUACAAGCAAAGCAAGAACGAAGACAAGCUCCGCGAAACACAAGCCUUCUUCUUGAAGGAUUCCUUAGAUCGACGUGUGCAGUACGAGACCGAGGCGUUUGCCCGUCUUGAAUCGUUCCUGAAUAUCAUCGAACAGAAUGUUGUCCGCGGCGUCGAGAAGCAACUCUCAGCCUUCUGGGAUAUUGCCCCUUCACUCCUCGCUCUGAUACAACAGGUCCCUGAAAAUCUGCAUGGCUUCCAAGUUCAGAUUCCGGCAAACGAGUACGAAGAGAACCCGAGCUACCAUGCGCAUCCGCUGCAAUAUCUCUACUCGCUGCUCUCGCAUGCCGAGAAGUCCAGCUAUCAGUACAUCGAGUCCCAGACGAAUCUUCUCUGUUUAUUACAUGAGGUCCGGUCGGCUAUGAUGCGAGCCAAUCGCAAUCUUACGGAAGCAGAAAGGAUUCAGCGUGGAGAGUCUGAGGAGACGGUCCGUCAGAUCAUAGAGAUGACCCGAGCAGAUGAAGAGGUCUCUCUUACCACGGAUCUGAAGGACAAGGUGGCCACUGUUGAAGGACAAUGGACAGAGGCUCUUGGAAGUCAAAUUGAAGUUUUACGAGGAAGAGUCAAAGAACAACUCAUAAGUGAAGAUGCAUGGGAAGACUUGGAGAGAUUGGAACAAGAAUGA